UUCAGCACUGGGAAGGAGACAGCUCCCUCCCCCAAAAAACCCAGCGCGCCUCACGUUGCAUGGGUCCCCGGUUAUUGAUAACACAAUUUGCCCGAUGGGAUCCAUCCCGGUAACGUGAAAGUCGUGGAUCCAGCGGCUGGAGAGACCACAGAGAGCCAGGACCGAAGGAAGAAACAAACGAUCUGCUCAUUAUCGCCGACAAAUAGCAAGCCGAGCCCACCCCUUCACUUGACAACGCGACAUCAAGCAGGCAGAAAGGCGUACGUCUCAUCUCUCCACCCUCCAUCCACCCUGACCUGCUGUGUUGGGGAAACCCCUAAUGAGUGGGACCUGUAUCCAUGAGCCCCGUGCCCCUUCCCCCUCCCUGUCAGGCUUCAGCACCCCCAUCUCAGAGCCCCCCUAUCGAAGACUCGAUGGAGACACCCCUGCCUGCACCCCCGAAACGGACCUGACCCCCACACAGUGUGUCCUCCGUAACGUGCUGUCCAUCGACACCGGUGGACCGGGGGCGCCGGGCGGCAGCAGCCCCACUCCCAGUGAUGGACCCUCAGCCCACUUUGACAACAGCGUGCUAAAACUACAUGAACAUGAGGCCUGCCAGUGUGGCGGCGGGGCCGAGGCAGGGCACAGUCCAGAGGCUGGUGCCGUCAGGAGCCAGUCGGAGAACAUUCGGCUACAAUCAGGAAGUGGAGGUUUUUUGGAGGGACUGUUUGGCUGCCUAAAGCCAGUGUGGACCAUGAUUGGAAAGGCCUACUCCACUGAACACAAACAUAGCCAUGAAGAGUCCUGGGAGGUCCCUUUUGAGGAGAUCUCCGACCUGCAGUGGGUGGGCAGCGGGGCACAGGGGGCCGUCUUCCUUGGCAAGUUCCACGGGGAAGACGUGGCUGUGAAGAAAGUCCGGGACAUCAAAGAGACCGAGAUCAAACACCUCCGCAAACUCAAGCACCCCAACAUCAUCACUUUCAAGGGCGUGUGCACCCAGGCUCCUUGUUACUGUAUCUUGAUGGAGUACUGUGCCCAAGGCCAGUUGUACGAGGUGCUGAGGGCGGGCCGUAAAAUCACCCCCUCCCUACUGGUUGACUGGUCCAUGGGCAUUGCAGGUGGCAUGAACUACCUGCACCUCCACAAAAUCAUCCAUCGAGACCUCAAGUCCCCAAACAUGCUGAUUACACAUGAUGACCUGGUGAAGAUCUCAGACUUUGGCACUUCAAAGGAGCUCAGUGACAAGAGCACCAAGAUGUCAUUUGCCGGCACCGUAGCUUGGAUGGCUCCUGAAGUAAUUCGGAAUGAGCCAGUGUCGGAAAAGGUGGACAUCUGGUCCUUUGGAGUGGUGCUGUGGGAGAUGCUAACCGGAGAGAUCCCUUACAAAGACGUGGACUCGUCCGCCAUUAUCUGGGGUGUGGGAAACAACAGCCUCCAGCUGCCCGUACCUGAGAGCUGCCCGGACGGCUUCAAGAUCCUUCUCAGACAGUGCUGGAACUGUAAGCCCAGGAAUAGGCCCUCUUUCCGUCAGAUACUUCUUCAUCUGGAUAUAGCGUCAGCUGAUGUGCUGUCCACUCCGCAAGAGACGUACUUCAAGUCACAGGCUGAAUGGCGAGAAGAGGUGAAACAGCACUUUGAGAAGAUUAAAUCUGAGGGUACUUGUCUCCACCGGCUCGAUGAGGAACUGAUCAAUCGGCGCAGAGAGGAGCUCAGGCAUGCUUUGGACAUCCGUGAGCACUAUGAGAGGAAACUGGAGAGGGCAAACAACCUUUACAUGGAGCUCAGCGCUGUCAUGCUGCAGCUGGAGCUCAAAGAGAAAGAGCUGCAGAGGAGAGAGCAGUCUUUGGAUAAAAAGUAUCCAGGUUUGUUUAAGCAUCACAGCUCCAGGCAGAGCAGCUCCUCCAACUCCAUGGACAAACUCAUCAAGAAGAGAAACGUCCCACAGAAACUCCCCUCCGGAAAGAGGCCAGACAUCCUCAAGUCUGAGGUAAUCAUUCCCAAAAUGGACUCCUCAGUGAUGCAAGUCACAAUCCCAGCCUGCCCCAACAGAAGCUCCACUUCUCCCAGCCGGUCUCGGAGGGUAAAGACCCGCCAUCGCAAGCCUGGGAAGGGCAGUAGUGGGGACCUGGCUGGACUUAAGGCAAAUCAAUCCUCCCCUAAUAGGGACACAAAUGCCCAGGCUAACAGCUCCACCACUAACACCUCCAAGCAGCUCCUGGAGCCCUCUGCAGCCCUGCGAGGCCUCAGCCACGAGCAGCAGCAGAGGCAGCUAUCCUCCUCCAGCCCUGACCUCAUCUGCACCACGCUGGAGGCAGAGGGGCAGGGGAAAGGGGAGCCCUCUGUGGGCGGACUGGAGAGAGGGGGGAGCCUCAGUGCCUCUGCAGGGUUAGGGGGAUCAGAGGCGGGGGCAGCUGGUCUAGAUGAUCUCACAGAAACCCCUCCGCGCAGUGACACGCCGAGUGAGGAUGCUGCGUCGUUCCCGUUCUCCAGCAGCCCAGACUCGCCGUGUGGGAGGGGGGCGGCAGCAGGGCGGGGGUCUCUUGGAUCGCCACGUCUGCCUCAUGAUGGGGAGGAUAAAGAGGAGGGAGCUGGAGCUGUCAGGUUGCCCCGUGGGGCAUCAGGGGGGAUUGGGAGUCAGCACCUCACUCCGUCAGCCAUUCUGUACAGGGCAGCUAUCACACGCAAACAGAGGCGUGGAGUGUCAUCAGAAGAGGAGGAGGGUGAAGUUGACAGUGAGGUUGAGUUACCACGGAGACGACGUCCGACGAGCAUCACCAAGUGCCAGUCGGUGUCCACCUUCAGCUCAGAGAACCUCUCGGUGUCGGACGGUGAGGAGGGCCACACUACUGACCACUCUCACAGCGGCACCCCCGACGUGGUCAGCACCAACACAGACGACAGGUUGGACGACCGCAGCGACGACCUCCUCUCUCAGGGGUCGGAGAUCCCGGCGGACAACACUGAUCCUGCGCAGGCUUCCGACGGCCUGUCAGAGAGAGACGGAGCACUGGGACAGGCCAAAGCUCAGCUGGACGCUGGGCAGAAUCCCAAUGAGAGUCGGGCCCUGUGCGAUGACUCCGACUGCGACAGUGCUGAGCUGGAUCAGUCAGGAAGUGGAGAGCCCAGUCGUCCUCCCAGUGCUGGAGCGUGGGUGUCGCCAUCUCAACCCUAUCAGGGGUCUCCACAGGCGCCCCACACGGGACCUCCAUAGAUCACUGGACGCUCGUAAAGCCCUCCAGCUACCAUCACAGGCGUACACCAAUCUGUCAGUGCAGUACAUUACUGUUGUCAUGAGGGAUCACACCUACUACAC